UUUCUCCACGAUCACAGGGUCACCGUCUGAAGCCAUGGGUCCAGAGAUCAAUCUCAUGUUGUUUGUUUGGGCUACGUGCAUCUCAUCCGUGAUCUCCAAGCAGUUUACCUUCAUCAAGCAGGCAAAGACCUUCUCUGAUGCCCAGGUCUACUGCAGAGAGUUUUACGGUGAUCUGGCGAGCGUUGAAGACCCGGUGGACUUCAGCCGUCUGCAGGCCGUGGUGAGCGGGGUCACAGAUCCGGGCGUAUGGAUCGGACUGAAGGGAGCCGAGCCGGACUGGAUCUGGUCUCUGUCCGACAGAGCUUUCUACGGGGAAGGAGAAGCUAAAUACAGACGCUGGAAGGCCGGACAGCUGGACAACGCCGGAGGACAUGAAAACUGUGGCGUUCUCGAUAGUAAUGGGGAGUUUUGGGAUAUCCCGUGUACAAAUCAACAGCCCUUCAUUUGCUAUGACGGAAAUGUCCCCCAGAGGUACGUGUAUGUCAGUGCAGGUAAGAGCUGGAGCGACGCGCAGACACACUGCAGACAGACACACACUGAUCUGGUCAGCGUGAGGAACCAGGACGAGAACCAGCAGCUGCAGAAUUUGACGAAUGGUAAUAUGGUGUUCAUCGGUCUGUAUAAAGAUGCUUUCAGAUGGACGGAUAACAGCAGCUCCAUGAUCAGACACUGGUCCAUCGGCGAGCCUAAUGGGAAUGGAGCUUGUGUUUUGCACAGUCUCUUAAACACAUGGUCCGAUGAGGACUGUAACCAAGCAAGACCGUUCAUCUGCCAAGACGGAGUGAAGAUGCAGAUACUGAGAAUGAAGCUGAGAUCAGGUCAGAAUAUGGAUGAUCCUGUGAUGAAGGUGUCCAUCAUGCAGAAGAUCCAGCAGAAACUCAUGACUCUGGGAAUGCCUUCUGAUGCCAAACUACAGUGGAGAGUUCAGUCGGACGGCGCGAUCUUCCACCCGCCGGAGAAAUGACAUGAAUUCACAGAAAUAACAUGCUGAAAAGACCAUUUGUUUAGAUGUACUAUUCUGACUAAAAAAUUACACUUUUGUUAUAAACUAUUUUAGUUUCUUUGUUCUGCAAAUCUUUUUCUGAUUUCAUGCCAUUCACGUUCUUUGAAAUGUUUGUUAAGGCACUUUGCAUGUAUCAAGCAAAUAAGCUCUUCUCUUUGAUUUGCAUUGUUAAUGGAAGAGGAUUUUAUUAGGAGGAAUAUUUUAAAAACAUUUAGAACUUUGAAUUUUUCCAGUCAAAUAUUUUUGCAUCCACCCUUAAUGUCAUCAAUGUUUUUCUGGACAGUGAUUUUUUUCUGCAGGUAAAUUUAUUUCAAUAAAACAUGGUUUCAUCACAUAUUUGAAACUAUU